CGCUGGUGGAACAGAAAUAAUUGGGCUGGCCCUGAUGCUGAACGGGGCAGUCACCUCUCGUCACUCACAAGCAAUGCCUUGUCCUGGCUUCUUGCAGGAUGGCUGAAGAAGCCCCCAAGGACCUCUCAAUGCCCAUCGGUGCCUGGGUGGAGAUGAAACCUGCCCCAUGGGAGAGUUGGCAAAAGAUCCCACAGCAGAAGCAGGAGCUGUGUGAGCCUCAGCCCUUCCAUGCCAAUUCACCAUCCUAUUGUAAGGCCUGCUUAAGGAGGCUAGACUGGGAGGAGAAAGAGGCCUGGGAGUACAUCGACGCCUUUCUCAAGAGCAAUGAACAGGACGAGGCCAAGAAACUCAAGUUCUUGGAUUCCAUCAGCACCCUCAGAAGCCUGCCUGCUUUUAUAGACAAAGGCCUGCUAGUGGAGAAGAUAAAGGAGCUGAUUGAUCACGAGUCCGUCGACUCCCUGACCGGCGUGAUGCGUCAGCAAGCAAUGCUCGCCAUCAUGAAGCUGAGCAAAAUGAAGCUACCGCUGCUGGUCCUGACACGACCCAGCCUGCUCGCCACCUGCUUCUCCCGCAUCUUCUCCCUGCCUCCAGCACACACCAUGGAAGAGGUGGAGGCUGCUCUCUGCACCAAAACUCUGAAAACCAUGGAUGAGAUGCUGAAGGCCUUGGUGUGCAAGGAUCAGGAGCCCAACCUUCUGGCGCUGCAAAUCAUCUUGAAGGUCCUGCUCCCCUGGACCACAUCCAAGGAGGUACAUGAGCGGCUGAGGGCAGUGGGAAGGAUCAGGUGGCUGAUGGAAUUCAUGGGGUCUCAGUGCAAAUUCCAGGAAGUGGAGGAGUUCAGCGUCCUGGGCCAGCUGGUGGGGUGUCUCACUCUGUGCUGUGUGGAGCAGGAGCAGGAGAUCUGGCAAUCGGCUGUGGAGGGACUUCACCACCUCUUCUCCUUCGUGCAGCAGCUAAAAUCCAAAAUGCUGGUGAAGAACGAUGCAGAGUAUCAGCAGGUCCUCAAGGACAGUCAAACUGAGAGAGCCUUCUGGGUCACCAACAUCAGCAAUAUCACAUCGCUGUUUGGGAAGUACUUCGACCCGUCCGAGAGCAUGGACUUCCUCCUCGUUGCUCUCAACGGCAUGAGAGACUCCAGCGUCCAUGACGCAGUGACGGCCGGGAACAUGCUGCAUACGAUCCUGGAGGUUUCCGGCCUAGGCUUGGUGAGGGUGUCAGAGGCUGUGAGGAGCAUUCAUAACCACCUGGACUCCAUCAGCGAGCCACUCGCCCGGCAGGAGCUGCUCAGGGCCCUUCUCCUGCUGGGCUCCCAGUUCAGCGAGGAGGUGGUCGGAACCCUGCUGGGCUGCUCACUGUCAUGUGACAGUGUUGCUGCGGAGAUGUGGAAGAUGCUGACAUCCCAGCCCAAGAGCACAGAAAAGAUCCUUAGGGAGCUGGUCAGCAGGCUGCAGGGGCCAGCUCCGCGACGGCAUCAGCUCUCUCAGAGACCGGCCGGUGUCGUCUCCUUGGCCGCCACAAGAGCCCUGUAUGUGAUCCUGCAGGAGGAGGCCUGCAGGCAGGAGGUGAAGGAGCUCUUCCCUCAGCUCUACGUCGCGCUGCUCUUCCACGUCACCCACACAGUGCAGCACACUGCUUCGCAGGAGAGGGAGCAUAACCAGGAGGACACGGCCGAACCCCUCAGCCCCGUCAGGUACCGCCAGCCCGACACCCAGCCUGGGUUCUGCAGCGUCGCCCGCAGGCACGCGGCAGGGCCUGGCCUGGGCUCACUCAGUAACAAGAGGCUCGCUCUGCACACAGGUUCGCGGUGA